AUGGCAGCUCUAGGCAACUCAGCGGUACCGACGAUAGCAGCGGAGGAGAUCAACCCCUCCGUACUUAUAGAUCAUCAAGAGACUUCUGAACCCUCCAAAGUCUCUCCCCUCGACGAGGACUUUGCUCAGCUUGUGCAAAGUACGCUCGAGAAGUGGCAUAUCCCGGGUGUCGCCAUUGCUGUCAUUGAUGGGGACGAUACGUGGUCGGAGGGUUAUGGAAUUGCUGCGCUCCCCGAUGUGCCUGUCCGACCCUCCACCAUGUUCUACGCCGGCAGCACGACUAAGUCCUUCACGGCGGCUGCGGCCUCGCUGCUUGUCGACGACGACGAAAGAUACUCUCACAUUAAGUGGACGACGCCGCUCAGCCAGCUCAUCCGCGAUGACUUCGUCCUGCAGGACGAGUAUGCGACAUUGCACGUCACAUUGGAGGACGCGCUGUCGAAUCGGACGGGCCUGCCGGGGCAUUUGUUGACACUGGGCCGCGCGGGGACGGUGCGGGAUGUAGUCCGCAACCUGCGUCACCUGCCGAUGGACAAGGAGAUCCGCACAACCUGGCAGUACUGCAAUGCUAUGUUCAUCACGGUCGCGCAUGCGAUCGAGGUGGUGACCGGAGAAUGGCUGGGCGACUUUCUCCGCAAACGGAUCUGGGACCCGCUUGAGAUGCACUCAACCUUUUUCUCACUCACUGACGCGCAACGAUACGCUACGUCGAGCGAUGUGACACUCGCUAAGCCAUACGCCUGGGAUGAGGCCUCCGAGGAGAUUAAAGAGGUUCCUCACUCUAAGGGAACGCUGAGCGGUGCCGGUGCCGUUAUCUCCACAGUCCUUGACUAUGCUAAGUAUAUUCGCUCACUUAUCCGGCAGUCGGGCCCAAUAUCUAAGGCAGGGUAUGCGGCUCUGCUGCAGCCGCGAUCUUUCAUGCCGGAGAUGCAGCCGCCGCUGAAGAACCAGAUGACAUAUACCCUUGGGCUAAUGUCGGCGACGUAUCGCGGCGAAAAUGUUAUUUUGCACCCUGGAGUCCUCGAAGGGAUGACGGCCACGAUGAUCUACCUCCCUGAUCGAGACUGGGGCAUCGUCGUCUUCUGUAAUAUCGCAAGCCCAGGGCGGGAAUCGCUAGCGUGGCAUCUCAUCGAUAAUCUCUUGAAUGUCCCGCAGGAGGAUCGUCUAGACCUCUACGAUGUGGUGCAAAAAGGUGUUGCCAAAUCCAGAGAGCAACGUUCCACCGCUCGUGAACGCCUGUAUCCGUCUGCUCCCUGGCCUGGCCGUUCCCAUUCACUCCCGCUGGCAGACUACGCCGGCACAUAUACGCAUCCUGCCUACCCAGACUUCAUCAUCAGCGUGAAACCUGGCGAGCAGAUCCUGCAAGUGACUGUCACCGGAGACUUGAAUGCGAGCAUGAGCCUAAUACACGUAUCUGGCGAGUUCUUCCUUGCGGAGUUGUACAUAUUCCGGUGGAGAAUAGAUCCGAUAACCACUAUCAAAGCCGAGUUUCACAUCGAUGCAGCAGGCAGGGCUGCCAAGUUCGGUGCGGCGGUAGACUUUGCCGAUAUGCCCAACACGUUAAUUUGGUUUGAGAAGUCUGACACCUAA